AAUGGUCUUUUUUAUAGUUCGAUAUCCAGUGCGCUUUUUUCCUCAAGAUGCAACAUGUCCCUUGACGCUGAUCUGGAAAGUGAGGGAGCAAUACAUCGAUUCGCAUGGUUCGUAGAGAACAGGACUGUGUCGGUCGUGUUGGGAGUCGACUGGGAGUACAGGGUUGUCGAUAUCGAAAGAAUCGCGUGUAUGGGCAGCUGAUGGAGAAGAAGAGUCUCACGACUUUCCAGAGCGUCAGCUAUCAUCCUCUACAUGCAGACUGCCUGACCAAACAUCAAGCACCUCCCAGCUCUCCUAUAAAUACCUCCAUCUCCUCGCAAUUCUCCUUCUUUCUCUCAUCCCUACCUUCCUCUUCCGCAAUUCCUAACUACUUCUCUCUCGCCCCAUUGCUUUCUACUGGUCUGUGACUGGGGCGACAUGAAUAGAAACAAGAGCAAACGAGUAUCACGCAGGAUGAAUGCAAGGCCGAUUGAGGCCUACCACUCUCAGCACGAUGAGAAAAAUAGCGAGGGUCGCUCCCUCCGAAACUCGAGAAGAAGAAAUCGUCGGGACAAUUUGGGAAAUCGAG